AUGGCGCCAGAGAUCGGAAGUCUCAGAGCCCUUGCCAACGGGGAAAGCCAGUUUGUCGGCAGUUCCUCAGGCGUCUUCUUCAUCAACACCGUUAGGAGGGCCUUCUCAACGGCCGAAGGCACUGAGGCAGACGAUGGGCGUCACGCUGUCGGAGCGGAUACUCGCGAUGACCCAACCCCCGAGGAUUGCAUAGUAGGCGACAGCGACAGAAAUGACCAACAGUCUUCGGGAGGGAGGCCCGAUUGCCGCAGCGCUGGUCGACCGGCCCAGGAAUCAGAUGCUGAGACCUCACCGCUCCCAUCAGGCAUGAAUAUCAUGACUGACAUGAGUUCUUUGCCUGAAUAUACAGUUGCUAGGGACCUGGUCCUUACGUACUUCCGAAUAUGGCAUCCUUUGGUUCCCUUUUUACAAGGACCAGAAUGCCUGGCAAAUCUGGAAAAUCUCUAUGCACCUGACUUCAAUAAGCGCAGUUCGAGAUCGCUCUGCCAAUUUGUCACCUUCAAGUGCAUCUUGAACGUUGCUAAGCUUGACAUAGAUGGACCGCUUGAUCUGGGGUCAGCGAUCAUUCGUUCGCCUUCCGACCUCUUACCAACUCUGAGCAUAUUGGCCCUUCGUUGCGACACAAUCUCCAUCCAAGCGCUGCUAGCAUCUCAAGUCUAUUUCGUUUCCACAAUGUCGCUCCGGCAUGCAUCUUCUGUAAGUGGCUUGCUAUCCAAGUCAAUCUUUCAGUCGGGCAUGCACAGGUGUCCAGUCCGGUACGACCAUCUGUCUCCGGAUGAGCGCUCAAUGCGGAAACGCAUAUUCUGGAGCUUUUAUGUUCUCGACCGUUUCAUCAGCCAGUCGCUGGGGCACCCGAACGGUAUUCAAGACUCGGACAUUGACGUGUGCCCGCCAGGCCAGCGAGAUCUCCAUGAACCAGUUUCGAAGUCAGAUCUGCAUGGCCAAGCGGAGAACACCAUCCUACACCUACCGGCAAACCACCCCGAACGCUUGGCAUCAUCUCCACCAGGUCGUAAUCAAAGCACAGAGACCUCGCCCGAAGUAGAAGAAGAGCAAGACCGACAUGAGAAAGCCGGUGGUACCGGCCCUCCGGCAUCAAGCAUGUCACCCAAGGCUGCCGCGAUUAUGCGCCACCGUCAAGAAACACAAGCUGUUCUGGCCCAUCAUGUUCGGCACUCACAGCUAGUGGGAAGAGUUCUGGAAGUCUUCCACAAGUCUAUUCACGCCAGGGACAUGGAUAACCAAACGAUCCUCUUUCUCAAGGCGGAUGUGACGGCCUAUGGUAACGAUCUCACAGAGCCACGAUUCAGCCCAGCCUUACGAGACAUACCACAGCUUACCCCAGAUCCCACCGUAUUUCCCUUUAUCAGUUACUAUUACACGAUACUUCUACUGAAUCGCCCCUCACUUUCACUUGACUCGAGACAUGCAGAGUUCCGUGAUGCAUUACAGACUUGCAUCAGUGCUGCCUACGCGAUAAUCCGCAUCAUUGAGCAGUAUUCAGACUUGGGAGGUCCUCUAUUCUGGCCUGGAUACAUGUCAGGUGUUUGGAUGAGUGGUCUAGUGCUGGCUCUAGCAGCUCGACUCAAAGUUUGCAAUGUCACGAAAGCCAAAUCAGGAAUCGACUCUUCGCUUCAACUGUUACAUAAGUUGACAAAACGAUGGCCCAUGGCCCGGCAUUGUAGAGAAGUACUCUCUGUGCUACUCCGAGGCAUUGAAGAAGGGCCCAGAGCACAUAAGAGAGCACGAAAAGAUACGGCCGAGGGCUCAAAUCAUGGGGACGGCUCUCGCUCUACGAAUCAUGGUCAUGAUGUUACACAAAAGCGUGCCAAGCGAAACAAGGGAAGGAUAACAGGCGCUGAUAAUUCUAGGCGACAAGAUCAGCCUGCAAAUCCUGGUUCAAUACCUCCGCGGCGGCAACUGCCAAUGCCACAUGCAAAUCAUGGCGCUCAAAGUCCAUUUCUAAGAGAUGGUAGUGGCGUUUCAAGGGUUCAUGAAAGCCAAAGACAGAAUCUUUUCAAUUUUGAGACGCCUGACUUCAACCGAAACAGCCCCCCGCCGAACCAAAAUCAACUUUAUCAAGCAGAAGACAGCCAGCUUUUUUCGACGCCUGACUUGAACUUCUGCAAUAACAUCUCAUCCACGGGGUCUCAUUUUGCUCCUAUACCCACAACAUUUCCAGAUCGCAACAGAAACCCGUCAAAUCAGAUUAUGGACGGGCAAUUCGGAGUUGCUGACAGCUUCUUUGACAUAUUUGAUGGAGCUACUUGGGGUUCACUGCUGGACAUUGUAAAUGAUGCAGGUACAGAAACACAGUAUCAAUAUUAG